GACUAAUGACAGUUUGUCAUUAUGAGUGAAGGAAAGUUUGUAGAGCAGGUUUAACUGAACUCAGCUCUGUGUUUAAAUGAUUAAACACUGAUAGACGUUUCUUGUCAGUGUCUGUAAAGAAGUGAACUUUAAUAGCCUUAAAUGGGGUCAUCAGUCAUGCUUUUAUUCCAGCUGACCAGCUGCACAACUUACUACACAACUGUUUGAUGUGUUGAGCAAAAGCUGCAUAUUGAGAUGCUGUAAUUCAGUUGGUGGAUAUCCGCCACCUACUGGCCAAAACCUGCAAGUACAACAAACCAUCGCCAUGCAUACAUGGGAGUGGCUUCAUGACGUCACUCAGGAGAAAUGAAAGUAAAGGGAGCUUCAUAAAAAGAAGUCAGUUCUUCCAGCAGGACACAGGUUCCAGCUUGAAGGUUCUCCAGCCAGGAAACUCAGUGAAACUCUACAGAACUCUGAAGAAGCAGAAAAGCAGACCAAAGGAGAGAAAGUGAAAGUGUCAUGGCUUCCUCCAGCAGUCUCCUGUCUGAAGAUCAGCUCCAGUGCUCCAUCUGUCUGGAUGUGUUCACUGAUCCGGUCACCACUUCAUGUGGACACAACUUCUGCAGGGUCUGUCUCAAAGAGUGCUGGGACAGCAGUUCACACUGCCAGUGUCCAGUCUGUAAGACUGAAUUUCCAACAAGACCUGAACUGUCUGUGAACACGUUCAUCUCUGGACUGGCUGCUCAGUUCAAGAAGACAGUUCAGGUCAAAUCCAGCAGAGCUCCAGAGAAACCUGACAAAUGUCAGGUGCUCUGCGAUGUCUGCUGUGAAAAGAGAAGUGCAGCUCUGAAGUCCUGCCUGUUCUGCAUGGCCUCUUACUGCAAGACUCAUCUGGAUCCUCAUGAGAGAAUCGUUUCAUUCAGGAAACACAAACUGAUGGACCCUGUGGAGAACCUGGAGAACUACAUCUGCCAGAAACAUGAGAGACCCGUGGAGCUCUUCUGUAGAGACGACCAGACGUGUGUGUGUCAGUUCUGCACUGAGACAGACCACAAGACUCACAGCACUGUUCCUAUAGAGGAGGAGAGUGGAGAGAAGAAGACUCAGCUGGGAAACACACAGGCUGAAAUUCAGCAGAUGAUCCAGGACCGACUGAAGAAGAUUGAGGAAAUCAAACAGUCUGUAGAGCUCAAUAAAAAAAGCUCAGAGAAGGAGAAAGCAGACAGUGUGGAGGUCUUCAGAGCUCUGCUGCGCUGCAUUGAGAGAAGCCAGGCGGAGCUGCUUGAGGUGAUGGAGGAGAAGCAGAAAGCAGCAGAGAGGCAGGCUGUAGAGUUCAUUAAAGAGCUGGAGCAGGAAAUCACUGAGCUAAAGAGGAGAGACACUGAGCUGGAGCAGCUCUCCCACACUGAGGACCACCUCCACCUCCUACAGGUUUACCCGUCCCUCUGCAGCCCUCCACCCACCAAGAACUGGACUGAGGUCAGGAUUAACACUCCUCUGAAGGUGGAGCCUCUGAGGAGAGCUCUGACUCAGCUUCAGGAAGACCUCAGUAAGGAGAUGGAGAAGCUUGAUGAGAGUGAACUGAACAGAAUUGAACAGUAUGCAGUGGACGUGACUCUGGAUCCUGAUUCAGCUCAUCCUAAACUCAUCCUGUCUGAUGAUAGAAAACAAGUGAGACACGGAGACAAACGACAGAAUCUCCCUGAUAAACCAGAGAGGUUUGAUUGCAGUUUGUGUGUGCUGGGAAAGGAGGGGUUCUCCUCAGCGAGGUUUUACUAUGAGGUUCAGGUCAGCGGGAAGACUAAGUGGACAUUAGGAGUGGCCACAGAGUCCAGUAACAGGAAGGGGGAGAUUACACUGAGUCCUGAGGAUGGAUACUGGACUGUGUGGCUGAGAAAUGAGACUGAAUAUGAGGCUCUGGACUCUCCUUCUGUUCCCCUCUCCCUGAAACAGGCUCCCCAGAAGGUGGGAGUGUUUGUGGAUUAUGAGGAGGGUCUGGUCUCCUUCUAUGAUGUUGAGUCCAGGUCUCAUAUCUACUCUUUCACUGGUCAGUCUUUCACUGAGAAACUCUAUCUGUACUUUAACCCCUGUAUUAAUGAUGAAGGUAAAAACUCAGCACCGCUGAUCAUCACACCUGUUAAACAUCAGAAAUGAAGUUCGCACUCUGACCUUUGAGAUGUCAUAUUUCAAAGCAAUAUAUUUCAGAAAUGUGCUCUAAAUACAAGAAAAAAUAAUAAAAUGAAUCAUGUAAAUAAUUAAUUAGCAAACUUAAACUGGUUUUCUGACAGAAGAAGACGUUUUCCUCAGCACAAGCAGACUGUACAUGUAGUUCAUAUUCAUUUCGAACUGUUUGAAGCAUAAGUGUGUGAAGUUUCCAUUAAAUCAUCAGAAAACACGUCUUAAGAAGUUUGAAAAUAUGAAAUUAUUCAUUACUUUCAGGUCCAUCAUGAGGCUCUGAGUUAAACAGGUUCUUUUUCUUCAUUAAAACCUUUUUAUUUGAGAAAAACUUGAACUCUGACAUUUGAAGUAUCAUAUACCAAAGCCUGAGUAAAGACGAAGUAAAGGAAAUUCUUUUCCAGCAAACUUUUCAGAAAUGUACCCUAAAUGGCAAAAAUUCACUAAAAAUUGCUGAAAUAUUUUUUUUACAUUUAAUUAAAUGUCUUGAACUGAUUUUCACCCUGUCUUGAUCUUCAAAGAACAAGGAAAUCAUUUUCUUGUCAAAACCUAAUUUGUAACAGAUUAAAGCAUCAAGAUCAAUAAAUCAUCACAUGUGACUAA